GCAGUAUUGUUUAUCUGCUUCCUUGUUUUCCUAUUGCAGAAUGUUUUCUAUGCUGAAAUGAAUGAAUUAUGCUUUUCUUUUAUAUGAUUAUAAACCAAAAAAUGAUUUUAUUUCUUUUCUUUUCUAUUCAAACUUUUCUCAAUAUCAUCUGAUAACCUUUGGUAAGAGUCUCUCCGUUGGCUUCCAAAAAAUCCACGAAGCAUAGCAGUAUACUACUACGUAUUGGCUUUAUUCAUGAAAUUCCCUUUUUUAUUAUAUCAGUUUAGAUUUAAAUAAACUGUUGCCUACACAUGAUCCCUCUUUAGUUGCUAAUUCUGUUACUACACAAAUAAUUUCAAAGCUGUUUUACCCAUGACAAAGCUCAUAAACAACGAUUCUUGAGUAACUCCACCUUUUUGCUUAAAGGCUUAAAAUGGAAACCGAUGAUGGUAAUUUCAUACACUAUAUGCCCGAAUCAAACAAAUCUAUGAAUUCUUUACCAACUACUGGUCUCGAUGCAGAAGAUAUUUGGGAUUUAUAUAACGACGAAACACGACGGAUAUUUGCAGCGUGGAAACAUAGAGCGGUAAAAAAAAAACCUCCUGUUCCCAUCUACUGUGUAGAAAAUUCCAAACCUAUCACUCGUCCUAUAUAUGCGUCUACAGACUGGGCAAGUAAACGAAAUAAAAAAGAAAAUGAUAUAAUUCAAUCAACUAUUCAAGAAUUUGAAAGAAUACAAGAGGAACGAGCACGCGCAGAAAGAGAAAAGCGUGAACGUGAGUUGCAGUUAAAGAUUCAAAAAGAAGAAGCCGAACGAAAGAAGAGAGAGCAACACGAACGACAAGAAAAGGAGAAGAAAGAAAAAGAAAUACGAGAAGCUAAGGAGAGAGAAGCCAGGGAAAAGGAAGAACAGAGAAAGAAGAAUGAGCAAAAGAAAAUUCAGGAUCAAGCCUCACAGCAAGAAAAAGAAUUAAAAGAACGGUUCGGAGAUGAUCCAGAAAAGGAUGCGAGCUAUUACUGGGACAUAAUCGAGAGUAUCAAGAGUGAUAUCGCCAAGCCAGUAUCUGAAAACAAGGAACUCAAAAACUAUUGUCUUUCCCAAAGACGAAAAAUAACCCCACGAUUGGGUCAAAUAACCAAGAGCAACAGUCAGAUUCAAAAAAUUACUGGACUUUUACAAGGAACGUUUCAGGAAGCUCGAACUAAAGGACCUCUGGUAUAUAGAUGGGUUCUGAAUUUCUUUUGCAAAGCUGUCGUAAAGCAAGCUGAGGCCGAGGUUUCCGUCAAUCUUUCUAGCGCUUUCCCUUUAGCAAAACUAUGUCUUCUUUUAUGCUCACAAAAUCCAGAUCUUUUUGAUUUAUUAAUUGCACGCUUACAGAAAAAGUGCCCGUGGGUGAUCCCUACUAUUUAUAAUUUACACACAGAAGUUGGAAGAAAAAAGUUGGGCUACAGAAAGCUUGCUGAUGGACGUUAUGAACAACAAGCACCUUACAUUGAACGCCAAUGUGGUAUUUUUGCAGUUUAUGCAGCAUUUGUGUCUCUUGAUGAUUCAUUGGGACCAAGAAGUUGGAAACUUUUUUCUCGUCUUCUGAACUUAACUUCUCCUAGAGAAUUUCUGGAUAAGGACCAAGACUUAGGUCAAACUCUUUGCUCUAUUGUAACUACAUAUUUGGAUAUCGCCGGUCGAACUCUUUUGCGCCUAUACGGAAAUCAGGGAAGAAAGUUACUCGCUGCUUCGUUCAGCACGCCUUUUGUCGGAGCAGAAGGAGGUGGAAGUCCAUACGGCCGUCUGCGUAUCGUUGGCGAGGAUUGGUUGAAUGGUAAAGGAGGAUUGGAUUUCUCCUUUGAGCCUUAGGUAUUAUUAUGUCUUUUUGGUUUUUUUUCGGAUUAAUUAUUAUAAUAAUAAAGCAAAUUUAUCAAAUACCUUGGUAUGCAAAAUGC